GGUCAGCCAGGAAUCGGUUUCGUUUUCUCUUUGUUUGAAAUUUGAUUAGCCUAACCGUAGCUUAGACAAGAGUGUCCAACUUCGCAGCCAACCUCGACGUCGACGACGACUCUCUGCUCUGAUGCACGAGUAGCAAACGAGUCAUGGCACACGCAAGCCGAAUCAUCAUGAGCUGCCCGUUGCUGGUCUGCUUCGUUCUCCUCGCGCAGGCGGCCGCGGCGCGGGAGUACGCGGCCAUCUUCAGCUUCGGGGACUCCUUGGCGGACGCUGGCAACCUCUGCGUGGACGGCAUCCCGGAGUACCUUGCCACGGCGCGCCUGCCGUACGGCAUGACCUACUUCGGCUACCCGACCGGGCGCGUCUCCGACGGCCGCGUCGCCAUUGACUUCAUCGCGCAGGAGCUGGGUCUGCCGCUGCUGCCGCCGUCCAAGGCGCGCAACGCGUCGUUCCACCGCGGCGCCAACUUCGCCAUCACGGGCGCCACGUCGCUGGACAUGCCCUUCUUCGAGGCUCGCGGGCUGGGGCACGCCGUGUGGAGCUCCGGCUCCCUGCACACCCAGAUCAAGUGGUUCCAGGACAUGAAGCUCUCCAUCUGCAAUUCCCCGCAAGAGUGCCGGGACCUUUUCCGGCGGUCGCUGUUCGUCGUGGGUGAGUUCGGCGGGAACGACUACGCCUCGAUGCUCUUCGCGUUCCGGCCGCUGGAGGAGGUGCACAGCUUCGUCCCGCACAUCGUUGAUUCCAUCGGCAAGGGCGUAGAGAAGCUGAUCGCGGAAGGUGCGGUGGAGCUGGUGGUGCCGGGGUUGAUGCCGAUCGGGUGCUUCCCGUUGUACCUGUCCAUCUUCCGCAAGCAGCCGGAGAUGUACGGCGAGCGGAGCGGGUGCAUCAAGGACCUCAACACGCUGUCGUGGGUGCACAACGCGGCGCUGCAGCGCAAGAUCGUCCAGCUCCGGGCCAAGCACCCCGGCGUGCGCAUCAUGUACGCCGACUACUACACGCCCGCCAUCCAGUUCGUCCUCCACGCCGAGAAAUAUGGAUUCCUUCGGCAGACGCCGCGGGCGUGCUGCGGUGCGCCUGGGGUGGGCGAGUACAACUUCAACCUCACCUCCAAGUGCGGCGACCCUGGCGCGUACGCGUGCGACGACCCCUCCAACCAUUGGAGCUGGGACGGCGUCCACCUCACCGAGGCGUCCUACGGUCACAUCGCCAAGGGCUGGCUCUACGGCCCCUUCGCCGACCCGCCAAUCCUUGACACCCGCCACCAAGCUUAACAUCGGUCAUCCGUACAGAUCGUCUCCAUGCUAAGCAUCCAAGGAUUACUGGUUAUUACAGAGGGUGAUAUGUGUACGUGUGUGGGUCCGAUCUUGUACUUAAAAAACAGGAUUGCUAUAUUUUACCUGGGUAAUUUGGAGCCUCUCCGCAUCUGAGUUUUUCU